GACAUAAGGGAAACAAGGACUUCCAUAUCCUGUUCCUCCCACAGACAAAGUUUCUCCUUUUCGUUGAUUCUUCCUGGCCAUGGAUAGAUCCACGCAAGAACUUUUCCUCAACUUCAUGAUAGUCCUGAUCACAGUACUCCUCAUGUGGCUUCUAGUGAAGUCUUAUCAAGACUGAAAGACUCA